CUCAGUAUUUUUAAUGUGAUGUGACUCGGAGCCUCUGAGAAAUGUUUUUAAGCCCACACAGCCUGAGCGAGAGGGCCUGGCCUCACCUCCAGGGCCACGGUCCCCUCCCCAGUCUUUGCUUAGCCUCACCGCUCCCCACGAGCUCAGCCACCAUAAAUCCCCCGGACACCCCUACGGGGCUCGCGCCUCCUCUGUUCGCCACCACGGUUGGCUCUGGCCAGACACCGGCUGGAGGACAAGGGCCGGUCUGUUCGACUGUCUUCCUGAUCCGCGAUGCUCUGCCAGCAUGGGCAGCUGGCUCUGUCUAUCUCCUCGGCCUCCCGGGGGGACCUGGCUCCGUUCAACCCUCCAGGACCGCCGGCGAAAGGCCGCGACACCUGCUUCCCUCGCGCGGACCCUGCUCCCCGCACGUCCUGGGCGAGGACUCCAUAGCGGCUCCCUCAGCACCCGCGCGGGCGCAGCCCCAGCAACACCUCGGAGCCGCCAGUGCAACGUCCGCUGCAGAGCCCGGGUGUCGAAGGUACAGGUGCAGCCUCCCCACCCCUGCUCCCAGCCUUACGCAUCCUGCAACAGCGGCCAUGGCGCGAGGUGGCGCCCCGCAGGACAGCUACCACCUGGUCGGAAUCAGCUUCUUCAUCCUGGGGCUGGGCACCCUCCUUCCCUGGAACUUCUUCAUUACCGCUAUCCCGUACUUCCAGGAGCGCCUGGCAGGUGUCAACAGCACAACUGGGACUCUGAGCACCAACUACACGGGCCCUACAGACACCUUCAACUUCAACAACUGGGUGACACUGCUGUCCCAGCUGCCUCUGCUACUUUUCACCCUCCUUAAUUCCUUUCUCUAUCAGUGCAUCCCUGAGUCGGUGCGCAUUCUGGGCAGUCUGUUGGGCAUACUACUGCUCUUUGCCCUGACAGCAGCAUUGGUCAAGGUGGACAUGAGCCCUGGGCCCUUCUUUUCCAUCACCAUGGCCUCUGUCUGGUUCAUCAAUUCCUUCUGUGCAGUGCUUCAGGGCAGCCUCUUUGGGCAGCUGGGCACCAUGCCGUCAACCUACAGCACCCUCUUCCUCAGUGGCCAGGGUCUGGCUGGGAUCUUUGCUGCUCUUGCCAAGCUCCUGUCUGUGGCCACUGAAGUUUCUGCCACUGGUGGCGCAGAUUCCCAGACUGCGGCCCUAGGCUAUUUCAUCACGCCCUGUGUGGGCAUCCUCAUGUCCAUCGUGUGUUACCUGAGCCUGCCCCACCUGGAGUUUGCUCGCUACUACCUGGCCAAGAAGCCAUCACAGUCCCCAGCUCAUGAGUUAGAGACCAAAACUGAGCUCCUUCAGGAUGAUGAGAAGAAUGGAAUUCCCAACAGUCCCCAGAAGAUAGUCCUGACUCUGAAUCUUGAUGCUGAGAAGGAACCAGAGCCAGAAUUAGACGAACCCCAGAAGCCAGAAAAACCUUCAAUCUUCGUUGUAUUCUGGAAGAUCUGGCUGACGGCGCUGUGCCUUGUGUUGGUCUUCACAGUCACCCUAUCGGUCUUCCCGGCCAUCACAGCCAUGGUGACCAGCUUCACCAGUCCUGGGAAAUGGAGUCAGUUCUUCAACCCAAUCUGCUGCUUCCUGCUCUUCAAUGUCAUGGACUGGCUGGGCCGGAGCCUGACCUCCUACUUCCUGUGGCCAGAUGAGGACAGCCGGCUGCUGCCCCUGCUGGUGUGCCUGCGCUUCCUGUUCAUACCACUCUUCAUGCUGUGCCAUGUGCCUGAGCGCUCCCGGCUGCCCAUCCUCUUCCCACAGGACGCCUACUUCAUCACUUUCAUGCUACUCUUCGCCAUUUCCAAUGGCUAUCUGGUGUCCCUCACCAUGUGCCUGGCACCCAGGCAAGUGCUGCCACAUGAGAGGGAGGUGGCUGGUGCCCUCAUGACCUUCUUCCUGGCCCUGGGACUCUCCUGUGGAGCCUCCCUCUCCUUUCUCUUCAAGGCGCUGCUCUGAAGGGGUCAUCGGGGCUCCAAACAGCCCUGUUCUUGGCACCUCUUCUGGAGCUGAGACCCAGCCCAUGUGAAUGACAUGCUGGGCUCUGGCCUCUGCUGGGCCGAGGCUCUUGGUUUGCAGGUGCCAGGAGAGGGCAGGAGCAGUUCUCCAUCUCUAGCUCAUGGCCACUUUGGGGUGCUGCAGGGAAGAAUCCACCCGACAUCAUUCUACCCCUAACCCAGGAACAGAAUGGGAUGCAGAGGGACUGACUGCACCUAGAUGCACAAGAGUGCAUCAGCUGGAUGACAAUCGGGGAAAGAAGGAUGCAGGGCCAGGGCCUUCCCCGCCAUCAGGACUGCGUCUGUUCAUUAAGAAGCCACCUCCUGAUCCCAGGGAGCACACCCUCCAGUAAUCCUUGCUGAGAGUGUGCUGAUACGGCCUCUGCCUCUGUUCAGAGUAGGAGGUGGGGCCAGUUCAGGACAGCAGCUUCACCUUCCCCCAGAUCCCAGCGACCCCAUGGUCAAGUCUCUCCCACUUAGAGCAAAGGGUGCCAGGGAAGUUGAGGGGGACAGUUGUCAGGAUCUGAAGGCGCUCGAAGGACCAGCCUCUGAGCCUCAAACAGUGUUUUCAUGGCCAACACUAACUGUCCCCACUCCCCAGAGCCCAGCUGGGCCUGGCUCUCAGGAUGGCAGUUAGCCUGCAUCUAUGUACUGUACUUUACAGUUUGCAAAGCUCUUUGAUCCCUCUCACACUGAAGCCUCGAUGAGGCUCUUGGAAGGAGUGGGGCAGAGCUUGUGCCUCCCUGUUGUACAGGUGAAGAAACCAAGUCCCAAGGGAAAGUUACCGGUCCGUGGUGCAGCCCCCAUUUCCCUCCUCCCUUAGGUGCUGUUCCUCCUGCCUAUCACCUGCUUCUCUCCUCAAGGGACUCCGGAAGAGUCCUAGGCACUUACUCUAUCUUUGCCCUGUUUCUCCCUCUAACCCUGCUCUUGGGCCGAAUAA